UUUCAAGUUAGGAUGUUGAAUUUUCAAGUUAGUAACUUGAAUUUUCAAGUUAGUAUCUUGAAUUUUCAAGCAAGUAUGUUGAAUUUUCAAGCUAGUAUGUUGAAUUUACAAGUUAGUAUGUUGAAUUUUCAAGUUAGUAUGUUGAAUUUUCAAGUUAGUAUGUUGAAUUUUCAAGUUAGUAUGUUGAAUUUUUAA